CCUAGGACUCGACAUUGUUACACUGGAUCUGUCCCACCUCAGUACUGUCUGUAAGUAUUUACACUACCUAGGUAGAAUGUGAACAUCUGAUUCCUGUGCAUUGGCGUACCAACCAGUGGGAUUGAUUACAUCCAAUAUGGGAGAUAUGUAUCUGAUAUUUGUAUCUGAUAUUUCCCCAGUGCAAACUGAGAGCUCAACUCAUUCAACAUGAGUUGUUUGGUGCUUCGUACUUUGCUCAGGAAUCAAUGUUCACUUUCAUCUAUAGCUAGCUACCAGAGAACCCAAAGUGAAGCUCUCCGUUUUAGCCUAGUUUCCUCACCUCUGGUCUUCCUUGUCCCCAUUUGGUAGAGAGCAAACCCACGGUGGAAAUAGCAACCAUGAACACUCAGCAGAUGGAACAGAUGGGCCAGUUCAAGAUCACUGUCUGGGAGGAGGAGAACUUCCAGGGCAAGCGCUGUGAGUUCAUGCUGGAGUGUCAGAACAUCAUGGAGAGGGGAUUCCAAAAGAUCCGCUCCAUCAAGGUCGAGAACGGACCGUAAGUCUUUCUUUGGAUGUCUACACCAGCCUAAAACAAUGGAGCUGUACUACAUUAUUGGUAGAGUAGUAAUGUAGUUUUACUAUAUUAGAUCCAUGGAUGUUGUUUGGUCAACCAAUGGUUUUGAGGAUUUUCAGGUCAUAGAUUCUAGUUGUGUUUGAGUAAAAGGUGAGAAAUGUAUUCAAUAUAACAUUCAUUUCUAGCCUUAGUUCCUCUCAGAAGCUAAUGUAUACUUGAAUAUUAUAUUCUACAUUGCAGUUGUACUGUACUGUUGUGAACCUGCCCUCAGUUGAUAAGCAAAGCUUGGUAUGACAAUGCUACAUUUCGUUAUCAUUAUCAUGUCCACUGUGUUUCCCUCAACACUUGAUAGUCUGAUUUGGGCAAUCUGUGUGCAAUAUAGUUUAUGUAUCAUUUUUACAUUGUUAUGGACCAAAUGUUAUAGCUGAAUGCAAUACAAGAGAUCAUCGAUUUGUGUGAGUUAUUAGCCCGAAAUGUAGCUCGUUGUUUUGUUUCUGACAGUCAGUCAAAGUAGGCUACUGUUGUAAUCUCCAUUUAGUCCCAGCUGCCUGCCUUGUGUUCUGUUCAAGCGGCUGACUGGCGAUCUGAUAAUGGUCCAAAGGCGCAGCAUGUGGUGUUUGCUUUGGCCCUUUGUCCUGUAAUCAACAAAGCACUCUGUGCCAUGGGGCGUUGCGCUUUUGUUAACUAACCUGACACUCUAUUUUCUCUCUUUCUCUCUUUCUUUCUCAUUCCCUCUCUCUCUCUCCCUGCCUGUCGUUUAGCUGGGUGGGUUUUGAGUACCCUGAGUUCCAGGGCCAGCAAUUCAUCCUUGAGAAGGGAGACUACCCCCGUUACGAGGCUUGGAGCGGAAACAGCAGUUACAGAACCGAGCAUAUGCUUUCCUUCAGACCUAUUAAGUGUGCUGUAAGUUCCUCCCACACAAAUAUGUAAUUUCAAGGAUAAAGAAAAGCACUCAUCUGAAGCAUAUUUAGGAAUGAAGCACAGGAAUAAUAAUAAUGUUUUAUUAAAGGUUAAUAUAUUCACAUAUGAUGCUUGUGUUUAUAUUGUGUCAUCAUACCAUCACACCACAAUUCUCAAAUCCAUCUGUUUUGGAUUUUUCCCAAAUCUCUAAAAUAUGAUGAAGCCAUAAACUAAUUAAGGCUCAUGCACCUCUAUCAACAGAACCACAGUGACAGCAAGGUGACUCUGUAUGAGUGUGAAGACUUCCAGGGACGCAAGUUCGAGAUGUGCGAUGACUACCCAUCUCUACAGGCUAUGGGCUGGUGCAGCAAGGAGGUUCCCUCAAUUAAAGUCAACUCCGGAGCGUAAGUAUUUUCUUAUUUCUGUAACCUAUAUAUGCCUUCGUUAUAAACACUCUCUGAUACGUAAACUAUAUUGACAAAGACAUAAUCACCCAUUACUUUCCAAGACGAUUGGUUUUGUACAUUUCAUAACAGCUUAGGACUGCAUCCGGUCACAUAUUACAUACAUAGCAGCCUCAUAUCUGUUGUGUGAUAGAGUGCCAUUAGAAAAAUUAUCAACUGAAUAACAUGUGCCCUUCUCUUCACAGCUGGGUGGCCUAUCAGUUCCCCGGUUACCGUGGCUACCAGUACAUCCUGGAGAGAGACAGACACCAGGGAGAGUACAGACACUACAAUGAGUACAGCACCCAGGCUCACACCAACCAGGUCCAGUCUAUCCGCAGAAUCCAGCACUAAGUCCACCUGACACUAUCCUCCAGCGGCUACCAUGUACUGACCAUGCCAUGACAUGUAUUAAACUAGGCAAUAAAGGCUUUAUUCAAACUACAGAAAACAGAGUGCUUGUGGCAAUUCCUUGCUUUAAAUAAAAAAACGUACUCUUGAUCAGGACAUAUAGCUAGCUAUUAUCUGUUCAAUAGCCUGUGGUAGAGUCUUAACAACCCAUUGCCACAGCAGCUAGCUGUAUACUCCAACACAAGUGAAUCACAAAGGCAUUUCAUGAUAUGACAAAUACAUCAAUACAUAACCCAGGGUAAAUACCACCUUUCUGUUAGGAUAGGAUGUAUAUUGUUCUUGUCAGAUUGUAUCUUAUUUCCAAUAAACAAAAGCAAGAGAUCA